AGCCUGUCUACGGCAGAGCAGGCAAUGUCUGCAGAGGAUAGCAAUGUGAAGAGACAAGAUGCUAUGUGGCCAGAGUUUGAGAAAGCUGAAAAGCUAGCCCGAGGAGCUGCAUUAAAAUGGGCCUCAGGAAUCUUUUACCACCCAGAUCAACUGGAGAGACUGGGCCAGUAUCGCAAGAGAGAGACACAAAGAACAUCCUCUGUUCAGUCCAGAUUAAAGUCUGCUGUUCAGUCCUAUCUGGAAGGGGUUGGAACAGGCCUUGGACAGCUAAGGGCGUCUCUCGAUGAUGUCAGAGCAGUACGCCACACACUGGUUGAUGUACGUGAAGACUGGAAGAGCAAAGUCAACGGGUUUGAAGGCUUGGGGCAGCUGAGCAGCCUGGUUUCUGAGCAUGUCCAGUUGGCCACUGCAGUACACAAUCUACAGCAAGUGUUCUCAGUCCCUGAGGCUGUGACUGAGACACGGCUGCUGAUCGAGGACAGGAAGCUGCUGGAGGCCCACAGCAAGUUGAUGGUGAUGGAGUGCUGGCGAGACGACAUUCUGUACCAGCUGUACCGAGCCGGGAGGCAGAACACGGAAGGGGAGCAGAUCGUCUUGUCGUACUUUAGCGUUGUUGACCAGCUCAAUGAAGACCUUGCCAAGGAACUCUGGGAUGUUGUAAGCUGCGGCCUAACCCUGGUUAAACAGGACCCAUCCCUGUUUGUCUCAGUAAUUCGUAUAAUUGAGCGAGAGGAGAAGAUUGACCAAAUGACAGUGGACGGCCAAAACCAACACAUGUUUCUCCCUCCUGGACGGCCCAAAAAUCUGCGACAGAUGUUUUUUAAAGUUAUUGAGCAGUCAACCGCAGCACAAUUCAGAGCAAGGCAAACUGACACAAAGGGACCAGGACUGGCCAAUCAUCUAGCAGCCUUGCAGAACAAUAUUCUCAAUGAUUUGAAAGUAGUAAAACACUUAAUGGUGCAGUGCUGCCCUCCCCACUACAAUAUUCUUCAGACCUAUGUGCUGCUACACCACAGUUGUCUUUCAGGACAUCUGCAGGAUAUAAUCUCAUGGGAUUUGGAGAAGAGUGAGAUCUAUACGGUGCUGAAUUGGAUACGCCGCAUCUACCACAGCAGCCCAGAAAUGGUAGCUCACCCUGAUCUCUCUCCUGAUGUUGACAUUGCCUCACCGGGCCCCCUGAUUUCUCAAGAUGCACUGGAGCAGCUGCAGAAUAAAUAUGUUAAUGCUGUCCGGCUGGCUGUGUCGGACUGGAUGCAGAAAGCAGUGGAAGCUGAGGUGAACGAUUGGUACAGGGAGGAGGAACCUGAGUCUGACCAUGAGGGUUACUGCCACUCCAGCCUGCCGGUGAUUGUGACUCAGAUGUUGGAAGAGAAUGUCCAGGUGGCGAUGGUGAUCAGUGACUCUCUCAGGGACCAAAUGGUGGCAAUGGCCCUACAGGAACUGGAAUCUUUCUUGUACAGAUUCCGAGAGGCUGUCAUCAGUUACGGAAAGGGACGCCAGAAGGAAUCCCAGCCCAAGUAUUACCUGCUGUACCUGCUGGCUGCCGUCAACAACUGUAUAGCAUUCAGGAGAUCUGUCCAAUGGCUGCAGCAACAGUGCGGCCAGGGUUCCCAUGGUGACUGCUGCAGCAAAUUGCCUCACUCCAUUGACAUAGCAGUGGACCGAGCUAUGAAGAAAGGCUGCAGACUGCUAAUAGAUGAGAUGCUUACAGAAUUACAGCCUCAUUUCCUCCAGCUGCUGUCUGGGUCCUGGCUUGGUCGCUCUGAUUUUAUCGAUACCAUCUGUACUGUCAUGGACACAUAUUGCAGCUAUUUCACCCGCAUCAGGGAGCCUGUCUUUCAGUUCAUGCUGUUUGAAGGCCUCCGUCUGGUAAUCAUUGAGUAUGUCCGCACACUGAUGCUGAAGAAAAUUGUCUGCAAAAACCCCACAGAGCGAGAGAGGCUGUCGGACAGAAUGUCGCAUGAUGCAGAGAGACUGCAGGAACUCUUCUGUAAUCUAGGAUUGGAAGAACCUGAUCGCCUAACCAAUGUGAUUUUCUCUGUGUCGGAGCUCAUCAAACUGAGGGACACCUCCCUCCUCAGCCUGGAAGUUUCCUGCCUUGUGGCCAAAUAUCCUGAUAUCAGCGAUGAGCAUGUUUCAGUCCUACUGGAUAUCAGGGGGGAUGUGUCCAAAGACAUUCGUGGAACUGUGCUGGAGAUGUUGGAGCAGAAUACCCAGCCACCUCCAGAAGACUAUCAGCCCAUCUUCUCCGAUAUCCUGGUGCCUGCUCCUGUUCUGCCCUUUUGUCUCCCUACUGUCAAAUGCGGCUAGGUCCAUGUGUCUCAUUGUGGACCUGUGAAAGGACCCUGAAGCAGAGAAAGAGGUCGCCUGACGAUUGCAGCCACACACCAUCAGUGCAAAACAGUGCUUCACUUAGACAUCUGUCCAAAUGUGCAGUGGAGACUGGAGCCCCAGCUGGGGAAAAGGUGUCCAACUUGAGUAGGCAGGCAAUAUAGCUGUAAAGGUU